GGCGGUUAGGGUCGGGGGCCCUGGAGAACCGGGUCAUGUUGCGGCAGAAGAAUCCAAAUCUGAAGGGCCAUGGAGUGUCAAAGGGGAAAGAAAGAGAGCAGAGAGCAUCAAUCCGGUUCAAGACCACCCUCAUGAACACGCUCAUGGAUGUCCUUCGCCACAGGCCAGGAUGGGUGGAAGUAAAGGAUGAAGGGGAGUGGGAUUUCUACUGGUGUGAUGUCAGCUGGCUGCGAGAGAACUUUGACCACACCUACAUGGAUGAGCACGUGCGCAUCAGUCACUUCCGGAACCACUAUGAGCUGACCCGUAAGAACUACAUGGUGAAGAACCUGAAGCGGUUCCGAAAGCAGCUGGAACGUGAGGUGGGGAAGGCGGAGGCAGCGAAGUGCGACUUCUUCCCCAAAACCUUCGAGCUGCCCUGUGAGUACCACCUGUUCGUGGAGGAGUUCCGCAAGAACCCAGGCAUCACCUGGAUCAUGAAGCCGGUAGCCCGGUCCCAGGGGAAGGGCAUCUUCCUCUUCCGGAGGCUGAAGGACAUCAUGGACUGGAGGAAGGGCACUGCUGGGAGGAAGCUCACCAACCUGGAGCUGCAGCCUACUCGGAGUGCCAUCACCCUCUCCAGCAGCCACGAAGUAAAAACUGCAGAGGAGCAGAAAGAAGAGCUUCCGGUAGAGAACUAUGUGGCCCAGCGUUACAUCGAAAACCCCUACCUGAUAGGAGGCCGCAAGUUCGACCUGCGUGUCUACGUGCUGGUGAUGUCGUACAUCCCUCUGCGGGCCUGGCUUUACCGGGACGGCUUUGCCCGGUUCUCCAACACCCGUUUCACGCUGAACAGCAUCGAUGACCAGUAUGUCCACCUCACCAAUGUUGCCGUCCAGAAGACGUCGCCUGAUUACCACCCCAAGAAGGGCUGCAAGUGGAUGCUGCAGCGUUUCCGGCAGUACCUGGCAUCCAAACACGGGCCCGAGGCAGUGGAGGGGCUCUUCAGCGACAUGGAUAACAUCUUCAUCAAGAGCCUGCAGAGCGUGCAGAAGGUCAUCAUCAGCGACAAGCACUGCUUUGAGCUCUACGGCUAUGACAUCCUCAUCGACCAGGACCUCAAGCCGUGGCUCCUGGAGGUCAAUGCCUCCCCAUCACUGACAGCCAGCAGCCAAGAGGACUACGAGCUCAAGACAUGUCUCCUGGAGGACACCCUGCAUGUGGUGGACAUGGAGGCCAGACUCACAGGAAGAGAGAAGCGAGUCGGGGGCUUCGACCUCAUGUGGAACGACGGCCCUGUCAGCAGGGAGGAGGGAGCUCCAGACCCCAUGGGCAACUUCGUGACCAACACACACCUGGGCUGCGUCAACGAUCGGGAGACACAGCUGCGGCAGCUCUUCCACUCCCUGCAAGUCCAGAAGAAAUCCUCAAGCUGACUGCCACGGUGGCCACGGGUGGGCCCCAAGGCCUCUCCCACCCUACUUCCCUUCCCACAGGCCUGGCAGCCGCUGUGCUGGCUAAGCUGCUGCUUGGCCUGGGCACCCCCCUCCACCUCCAGGCAUCUUGGCACCAGGAGACAGCUGACGCCAGGACUGGAUGGGUUUCUAACCUUGAUGGACUGGCCUGGCUGUCAGGCCCAGGAGACAAAUGCAGCAGGUUCUGCUAGCCUGAAGAUGGCGUCUAAUAAACGAGAACAGG